GCUGUUUCUUUUAGCUAACAAACUUGUGUAUAUUAAUUGACAGUAUUGUAAACAACAUCUUUAUUUCUCUCAUCCCGUUACAAUAAGUUCAACUUUAAAUUCCAAAAAUACAAUUUAGGGAGCAGAAAAUACAUGGACUAAGGUCAAGAUGUAGUAAAUGAAAGGUGCCUACAGUUUUAUGAAAUUCAAGAAAUAAAUUCUUUUAAUGAUGCUUCACAAUAAUAUCUUUGUUUCAUAUGGUUUACUGGGGCUUAAAUUUUCGGUAAACACAUUGAAAAACCAUGUUUUAAACAACCAUGAAAUAUGAAGGAUAAAAGUAACAAAUCUCGAAGUGUUGUCUAUUUUUGACAAAUGAAAUAUAUCAAGAAUGACUGUACUCUCCAAAACCCGCAUUAAACAAGCUCUUGACCUCUUCUUUAAAAUGAUGUCAAAUUGAAUAUUAAGGUACCUGGACUACUGUUCUCGUGAUUAAAUAUAGAAUGUCAAAAUAUUGUUUUAUUUUCUACAUAAUUCCUUUGAGAAGUCGUAAAAUACGGGAAAAGAUUCACAAAUCAAUUAUGACGUCAUAAUUAUGGUUCCAGCACCAAAAAAGACACUCUGGAAUCAUUUACUAUAAUAAUAGAUUUUGACCAUAAAGAUGUACUUUGUUAAUUUUGGAUAUCCUCUCUUUAAUAUGAAAAUUGCUAAAACUGUUAUUUGCAUCGUAUAUUGUUUGCUAAUCUGGAUUCUUUUGACAAGUCCAAGAGCGUCUUGGCAUGUACUAAGGGUGCCAAAACACAAUAGGUCCGAAACGUGGUUUCACCCUACUCGGAAACGAAAGUAGAUUGAACGAAAAUGGCGGGAGUGAAGAGGAAAACUAAUACUGCUAACAGUAACGCGAGUGCUUCACAUGGAGCGGAAUCAGAUUCAGAUGAGACGAGUGUCUCGACAACCAGUUAUUUACAAAAUCAAAACAAAGAAGAAAGACUGCGGAUAAGAACAGGAUACCGUCAACUGAUGGGCACACUUGUUGAACAAAAACAUGACAUGAUUAACCCAGAAUCCACAAGUCUCACAGAAGCCUUGAAGACAGCCAAUGACCUCAACAAAGAUGUUAAAAUGCCGAGGGAGGGUGCGCUGGAUUCUGCAACCAUCUUGAUGAUUUCAAAUUAUGGCAGGAUGAAAGUUGACAACUUGAAGACUGACUUUCUCAAGUUUGAACCAAUAGAGUAUGCAGAGAAAUUGAUAUCUUUUGUUAACCAGGGACAGCCUCGUCAGUCACAGGACAUAGCAAUAUCAAAUCAAGGAUGGAUUAAUCUAGGGAAGGCCUCACAAAAAUUUUUCAUGAAAUCACCAGCUUUUCAUUUCAUGGCUGGGUCUUUUGAGAGGGGAGAGCCUGUGAAAAAAGUUCGACGAGCUCCAGAUUCUCAGAGAUUGGACAAAGAGAAUCUGAGUGACAAAGCUACUGUACCUAAACAGAUGAAGUCGUUUGAUGAAUCAGAUAAAAGUGAAGCCACUACUGCAGAAGUAGAAAAAUUGUUAGAUUUACUGCAGAAGCUUUACAGGGAGAAUGAACGAAAUCCAAUUUGUUACUUUGAGUUUGUGUUACACCCAGAGUCUUUCAGUCAAACAGUAGAGAAUAUGUUCUACACAUCUUUUCUUGUCAGGGAUGGCCUGGCAAACAUUAAAUUGGAUGAUGAGAAACUGCCAUUAAUUGAACCAAUUCAGAAUCCAGAACAGGAGAAAGUAAGGAAAAAUCUGCCCCAUAAACAAGCAGUGGUUAGCCUGUCCCCUCAGGAAUGGAAGGAAUUAGUUGAAGUAUAUAAAAUCACUGAUCCGUUAAUUCCAACGAGAGUGUGUAGCACCUUGGAUAGUUCAGCUACAAAGAAGAUGAGAAUGAAAUAGUGCUGUGGUAGUGUUUCUAUUUCUCAUUUUGGUUCUCCCCCUGAAGAUGCAGGCAGCAAAUAUCAGGAUUAUCAAGGAGGCUGUGCAUUGUCCACAGGUUGAAUUGGAACAAGCAAUAGAGUGGCCAAUGUCUCUAUACCAGGACUUUGUCUUUUAAGGCAGUGAAUGCCUACGUGGCAGUUGCUUUGUAAAGAGGGACAUUCUAGAUUUGAAAUUCUGUCAGUGGUACAUGAACAUGCUAUGCAGCUUUUAAGGAUUUUGUCCCCAUAAGAAGAAGCAGUGUCUUUAUAGAUCUGCAAAGUGUGCAUGUUUAUAUGAUGAUGUUUUCUGUUCAUAUAUCACCCAUUUGUUCAUUUUUGUUAUAAUAAAACAGUGAUAAAACAGUU